GAAAUGACAGAUUUCCUCAUUGCUUUUGGCUCACAAACUGGGCAAGCGGAAACUAUCGCUAAAAGUUUAAAGGAAAAAGCAGAGUUAAUCGGAUUAACGCCAAGACUUCACGCUCUGGAUGAAAAUGAGAAGAAAUUCAAUUUAAAUGAAGAAAAACUGUGUGCAAUUGUCGUUUCAUCAACUGGCGAUGGAGAUGCACCGGAUAAUUGUGCACGUUUCGUGAGAAGAAUUAAUAGAAAUUCACUGGAAAACGAAUAUUUGAAGAAUCUGGAUUACGUUCUUCUCGGUCUCGGCGAUUCCAACUAUUCAUCUUAUCAAACGAUUCCUCGAAAAAUUGACAAACAACUGACAGCUCUCGGUGCAAAUCGUCUUUUUGAUCGUGCAGAAGCAGACGAUCAAGUGGGACUUGAACUAGAAGUUGAACCAUGGAUCGAGAAAUUCUUUGCAACACUGGCAUCCAGAUUCGACAUUUCCGCCGACAAAAUGAAUGCAAUUACGGAAUCAUCAAACUUGAAAUUGAAUCAAGUUAAGACUGAAGAAGAAAAGAAAGCGUUACUUCAGAAACGAAUAGAAGAUGAAGAAUCAGAUGAUGAAGGAAGAGGAAGAGUUAUUGGAAUUGAUAUGUUGAUUCCCGAGCAUUAUGAUUAUCCCGAAAUUUCUCUUUUAAAAGGAUCGCAAACCCUCUCGAACGAUGAAAAUUUGCGCGUUCCAAUUGCUCCUCAACCUUUCAUCGUCUCGUCGGUUUCUAAUCGAAAACUACCAGAAGAUACCAAAUUGGAAUGGCAAAACCUGUGCAAAAUGCCUGGAGUCGUCACGAAACCAUUCGAAGUUCUUGUAGUCUCUGCUGAAUUUGUGACUGAUCCAUUUUCCAAGAAAAUUAAAACGAAACGGAUGAUCACUGUCGAUUUCGGAGAUCAUGCUGCUGAACUUCAAUACGAGCCGGGAGAUGCCAUAUAUUUUUGUGUUCCAAAUCCAGCACUUGAAGUCAAUUUUAUCCUUAAAAGAUGCGGAGUUUUAGACAUUGCUGAUCAACAAUGCGAGCUUUCAAUUAACCCGAAAACUGAGAAAAUCAAUGCUCAAAUUCCGGGACACGUGCACAAAAUUACAACUCUCCGUCAUAUGUUCACCACGUGUCUAGACAUUCGUCGGGCUCCAGGAAGACCGCUGAUUCGUGUACUCGCCGAAAGUACAUCUGAUCCAAAUGAGAAAAGACGGCUUUUGGAGCUUUGCAGUGCUCAGGGAAUGAAGGAUUUCACCGAUUUUGUUAGAACACCCGGAUUGUCAUUGGCUGACAUGCUUUUCGCAUUUCCAAAUGUGAAGCCACCGGUUGAUAGACUAAUCGAACUUCUUCCACGGCUUAUCCCACGUCCGUACAGUAUGUCAUCAUAUGAAAACCGAAAAGCCCGUCUGAUCUAUUCGGAAAUGGAAUUCCCAGCAACAGAUGGACGUCGACAUUCGAGAAAAGGACUCGCAACUGAUUGGCUCAAUUCUUUGAGAAUUGGAGAUAAAGUUCAAGUUUUGGGAAAGGAACCGGCUAGAUUCAGACUUCCACCUCUUGGAAUGACAAAGAAUUCGGCUGGAAAACUGCCAUUAUUGAUGGUUGGACCAGGAACUGGAGUCUCGGUAUUUCUGUCAUUCCUGCAUUUUUUGAGAAAAUUGAAACAAGACUCUCCAUCGGACUUUGUCGAUGUUCCACGUGUUCUCUUCUUUGGAUGUCGUGAUUCUUCUGUAGAUGCAAUUUAUAUGAGCGAACUUGAAAUGUUUGUAAGCGAAGGCAUCCUCACUGAUCUAAUCAUCUGUGAAAGCGAGCAAAAGGGUGAAAGAGUUCAAGAUGGCUUAAGAAAAUAUCUCGACAAGGUUCUUCCAUUUUUGACAGCAUCGACAGAGUCGAAAAUUUUCAUCUGUGGAGACGCAAAAGGAAUGUCUAAAGAUGUUUGGCAAUGUUUCUCGGAUAUUGUUGCCAGUGAUCAAGGAAUUCCGGACUUGGAAGCGAAGAAGAAGCUUAUGGAUCUGAAAAAGAGUGAUCAAUACAUCGAGGAUGUGUGGGGAUAGUAUACUUAAUUUUUAUAGGAAUUGUUUAUUGCCAUGGGUAUUUUAUUUGUUCACUUUAUUGUGUUAUUUAUGUGAUCUGGUGUUCUUUAGUUUAAUAUAAUGAAGUUGAUUGUUCGCU